UAAAGUUUACUGUUGUUGACAGAUGAAAUGGGCGUGACAGAAACUGUGAUUGAAUCGAAGCAACCCCAGAUAUCAUCUAUUAACCCGACCUGUUACCUACUCAAAAUGCUGAAAUCCUGUUAAACCACAGAAAUGCUUCUCAAGAAAUCAUUUGCAAAAAAUAUUGGCAUUCUUUUUGACAGUGUGUUUAAAAUCUUGAGCUUCAAGAUUUCCUAUUCGCAACUAUGCGGAGGUUAAUUUCUAAUCUAAUUUGUCUGCAGUUUGAAAGAAUCAUUCAUCUGAUCAAUGUUCUGGAGAAAUGUCUUCAUUUACUUGUUGCAUGUCUCUCCCUCUUCCAGGGGUCUACGACCUCUUAUCUACCAUAUGACUAACUAGAUUCUCACACUUUUCUCUAAACAGCUCUUGAAGAUGACUAUCUGCUUUAAAGUCAACAAAGAUCGUAAGCAUUGGAGUCGCACAAAUGGAUGGUCUCCUCCUCUCCACCCUCUUCAGAUACUAGCUUGGAUUUUCCUGUUCAUGUUUGCUAUUCUUUAUUUUGGUGUAUUAGUUCCUAACAUCCCAGAAGGAGCAUGGAGAAUCUCAGCCUAUAUUAUCAAUGCAACUGUUUUUGUAUUUCAUAUUGUAAUUCAUUUAAUUAGUGUGUCUUUGAAUCCAGCUGACAUCAAUGUUCGUGCCAAAGCAAACAGUGGGCCUUUGCCUUCAUUUGAUCGAUCUAAACAUAGUCAUGUCAUAGAAAAUGAAUACUGUCAUAUAUGUGAAGUAAAAGUUGGUAGGAAGUCGAAGCAUUGCAGUGCUUGCAACAAAUGUGUUUCAGAAUUUGAUCAUCAUUGCAAAUGGCUCAACAACUGUGUUGGUGGAAGAAAUUACCGGCUCUUUAUAUCUUGUGUCAGCUCAGCCCUUCUAGGAUGUUUAAUUAUCUUUGUAUCUGCAAUAGUGUUAAUUGUUGCUUAUUUCAACGGAGCUGCAUGGUUGCUUAAUCCCCACAAUCAUUCCGUGGACCAUCAUUGGACUACACCAGUCAAUGUUGAAAUAAACUCAACUGAUACUAUUGCAUCAGCAACUUCUAAAUUUUUUCCAGAAGCAUCAUUUUCAUCUAAUAUUACCCUACCAGGUGACUUAUCUUUUUUAUAUCAUUUAAGAACUGUUGUUAUUCUAUGUUUUGAAGUUCGAGGUUCUGUGUGGCUUGGUUUCGUCUUUCUGACAUUAGCAUUAUCAUUACUUGCAAUAGCUCUCCUUGGUCAUCUAUUAGGAUUUCAUAUAUUUCUAAUGUGCCAAAACUUUUCUACUUAUGACUACAUUGUUCAAAAGCGUGAUCCUCCUUCAUCAUCAAGCGUAAGGACUGAAAGCAAAAGAAAACUGAAGCCAAACUUCAACUGUCAUUUUCAUUUCUUGCAGCACAUAAAAACUAAAAAGGCCAAUCAAAUAUCACCUAAGUCACAAGAAAAUAGUGCUAAAAAUGAUGAAGUAGAAGAAUGGGAAUUGCAGACGCAUGAUCUUCCAAAGUGAGUUGCUAACUGUAAUAAACCUGGUAUGCCUGCCGUCACAGAAAACAAAUGUGUAGUUACCAAUGAAGAAGAAGAAUGCUCGCUGGAAAGUUAUGUUGGAAACGUAUACAUUGGAAGUCCACAUCGAAGACGACAUUACUUAGAACCUAUUCAUAUGCAGCAGAAAAAUUCUAAAAACAGAAAUACAAAAGUUGAGGUGAGCCCAGCAAAAAGCAGCAGCUCUGAAGACAUUGAUGAGAAAGAAGCAGAAAAUUCGCCAAAUAGUAGAAACCAAGAAUCUGGUUCCUCUCAGAAUGCUUCUUACACUCAUGGUGCAUCUAGAAGACACCACCGUAGUCCAUCUCCUGCCCCCUUAUUGUCACCAAUAUUAGAAUCGGAAAUAUCGUCUGGUUCUGCGAUUGUUAGUUGGAAGCACAGAUCUGUUUCUGAACAGUCUCUUCAUACACUAGAGGAAAGCGAAGAAGAGCAAACAGCUUCAUCAACAACUUAUAUUGUUCAAAUUGAAUCUGCAGGCAGCUCGGGACUUGGGAACCGCGAAGACAGUGGGAGCCUAAGUAAUUUAUUCCUUUCCAAAGAUCAACUGGAUGAAGUUGAAGAGGACAACAACAACAUUCCCAUAGAUGAUGACAAUAGAGUUCAUGAAGUGUGUAUCAUUCCACAAAUGGACUUUGAAAGCAACCACAAUAUUUCUAAUUCUCAGGAGAUUGAAAGUUAUGAUAGGAGUGAUCCAUUAAUCAAUGGAGAAGUGUGGGCUUAUGCCCCUAGAAACGGUUGUCAGGUCCGUGAUGGCAUCGUGUCAUUCCGCAGGAGUUGUAGCAUGCAGGAGAAUGAACGUCUCAAAAAUAUUUCGCACGAUCCUUUGACAAGGUGUUGCUCGGAAGAUGAAUUGAAAUCUGCUUCUAAAAUAACUAAGCUGCAGAGAAGAUUGUCCGAGGAUCAUGAAUUGUGGAUGUUAAGGGGUUGCAACAAUAUUCCAAAAACGUGGACAGAACAUUCUCCGAAAGCUGGAGUAUCGGCAACGGCGGUUUUUUGUGUAGGUGAACCGGAAGACUCGUUUAGAAUACCUGGCAUUCCAUUUGGGUUAAAAAGAAAAUAUAACCACUUUUCUGUUCCAAACCAUAUUGUCUUGCCAUGUUCGAAUUCUGUUCAUCCAGAAAGUCGUAAGAGAACUAGACCUGUUGGUUCCAAACCACCCAAAGCAUUUCAUGCCUAAUACUUUUACAUUUUAUUCAG